UACGCUGAGGCGACAUCAGUUCCCUCUAGCACAUUGAACGCCAUAUUGAAAAAAAUUAUCUUCGCAGUGCUAGUUCCGUUUGUCAAUUCUUUUCUAUUUCUUUUCCAUUAAAAUGGCACCGAAGAAACCAACUGAGAAGUCUGGCGAGAAAAAAGCAGCGCCAGCUGCUUCAACCUCAUCCGAGAAAAAGGAUACCAAAAAGGCUGCUCCAGCCAAAAAGCCAGCUGAGAAGAAACCAGCUGCAGCUAAACCAGCUGAAAAGAAACCAGCUGCCGCCAAGCCAGCCGACAAGAAACCAGCCGCAUCAAAGGCAACGACUUCAAAAUCAGCUGCUAAGCCAGCCGCCAAGCGCCCAGCCGGUGAAGCUAAAGCCACCGCUGCCAAGAAGACAGCUACCUCAGCCAAACCAGUUGAUAAGAAGAAUGUCGCCAAGAAGCCAGUCGCCAAGAAGACCACCGCUUCAAAGACCGCUAAGCCAGCUGCCAAGAAGAAGACCACCACCGCUAAGAAACAACCAACCAAAGCUGGUGCUAAAUUGGCCGCUAAAGUCAAGUCAUUGAAGAAACCAUCAAAGGCUGCCGUUUCAGCCAAGAAUAAGAAGGCCACUGCUGCCGUUGUUCGCGCAAAAAAAGUGCAAAAGAAGGUGAUCAAAGGUCCAUUCGGAACACGUACACGCAAAGUGCGUACCAGUGUUACAUUCAAGCGUCCAAAGACUUUGGCUUUGCCACGCAAUCCAAAAUACCCCCGCAAGUCGGUGCCAACUCGUGACCGCAUGGACCCAUUCAAUAUUGUCAAAUAUCCAUUGACCACUGAAGCCGCCAUGAAGAAGAUUGAAGACAACAACACCUUGGUGUUCUUAACACAUUUGCGUGCAAACAAACACCACGUGCGAGCUGCUGUCCGCAAACUUUAUGACAUUAAAGUAGCUAAAGUGAACUUGUUGAUUAGACCUGAUGGACAAAAGAAAGCCUACGUUCGCUUGGCACGAGACUACGAUGCUCUAGAUAUCGCAAACAAGAUCGGUAUCAUAUAAAUUCCUCAGCCACGGCACACACAGAUUUUCUACUUCGUUUUUUCGAAUUUCGCCCAAAUAUGGAUAUAGAAGAAAUGUUACAUGUUCUCCUAACCCAAUUCGAAUAAAUUUGAAAACACUGGAAGAAACAAAAAAAAUAUAUUACUAUUUUCUAUGUGAAAAGAACAUCAAUUAAUUAGGAA